ACACAAGUUAUAUAAAUUAAAGACAACAAGGUUGUCAAACAAGAUGGCUUUGUUUUUCCGGAUUCGCCGCAAAUUCCUUCCUUCCUUCUUUCCUUCUUAAAAUCAGAGUCCUUCAAUAAUUAGAACUGCAUUUCUCUCCUGAUCCAAUAACUAUUCAAUUUCUCUUUAUAAUAAUAAACAGACACAGAGAUACAGAGUAAAAGUCUAUCCAUUUGGCAAGAAAAUCUGAGAGUUCUUGAAUUCCAGUUUGCUGAAUUGUUGAAGGUUGAAGCAGAGAGCAGUUUUUUUGUCUAAAUUUGGAAUCAAGAUUCAAUUUUUGGAAGGUUUUGGUUUGUGGGUCAUUUUUAUAGAGUAAAUUUCAUCUUUAGAAGUCCAAAUUUUAGGUAGUUUUAGUUGCUUUAGAUUAAGAUUUCACAUGCUAAAUUGUUUCCAUUUUACAGUUCAAUUUUUAUGAGUGGAUUUCAGUUACGGAAAUCGGUUUUUAGUUAGUUCCUCUGGAUUUUGAUGACCUACAUGAUUCAUAUUUGCUGAAAAGAGGUAGAUUCAUGUGGAAAGCCAUGAACUUGGCUUCUUCACCAAAAGGGACUAAUCCUGCUAUGGCUGCGUUUCCACGGUCACUUUCUUCAAUGGCAGCCUCAGUGGGAGGCCUUGCAUUAUUCUUGGUGAUUGCUUCUUUGCUUUUGGUUUCAUACCCUAUUGGUUCUACUGUUCGUGGAUACUUUUAUGGGAUAGAUAGCUCCAGACAAGUGGAUUUACUCCUUUUAGAAGGCAAUCAGAGCUCAAUUGAUCUGCACCAUGAUAGUAAUUUAGAUGUGGUUGAUGAGGAUUCUUCACUCGUGUUAGAUUUCAAAGGGCCCAUUAGUUUAGGUGGCGUUAAUAAUAACAGUGUAAAUGUCAUUGAUAGUCAAUCUGAGUUUAAUUUACAAGAAUCCACUACUGGUACAAGAAAAGAAGGGCAGAUCAACCCUAAGGGUGGUUCAGUUACUUUAAGUGUCAAAGAAAUUGAUGCAGAUAAAGGAUCAGAAGAGAAUAGCUCAGAUGCUGCAUCUGCAGAUUCUAAAUCAGGGGCCAAGUCAGAUAAAUCUGCUGUGCCCAGUAAUGCAUCCAAAACUGGUUCAGAUGAUUCAGGUUGUGAUUUGUACCAAGGAAGUUGGUUAUACGAUUCAUUGGGACCAUUAUACACAAACAACACAUGCCCUGUCCUGACACAGAUGCAGAAUUGCCAGGGAAAUGGAAGGCCUGACAAGGAAUAUGAGAAUUGGAGGUGGAAACCUUCUCAGUGUGACCUCCCACGAUUCGAUGCCAAGAAGUUUCUGGAAUUGAUGAGAGGGAAAACAAUAGCUUUCAUUGGUGACUCUGUUGCUCGAAACCAGAUGGAAUCGAUGUUGUGCCUUCUUUGGCAGGUAGAAGCUCCUAAAAACCGAGGGAACAAAAAAAUGCAACGAUAUUUCUUUAGGUCAACGUCUACCAUGGUUGUCCGAAUAUGGUCCUCUUGGCUUGUUCACCAAACAUCAGAAUCUAUUGACUUCGCUCCAAAGGGUGUUGUCAAACUCCACCUUGAUGCCCCGGAUGAGCAUUUCAUGGAAUUCAUCCCAAAUUUUGAUGUGAUUGUUCUCUCUUCUGGGCACUGGUUUGCCAAGCAGUCAGUCUAUGUCCUCAAUAAUGAAAUUGUAGGGGGACAGUUGUGGUGGCCAGACAGAUCUCGUCCAAUGAAGAUUAACAAUGUUGAAGCAUUUGGGAUAUCUGUUGAGACAAUUCUCACAUCUAUUGCCACACAUCCAAAUUUUACAGGGCUAACUAUUCUCCGCACAUAUUCACCUGACCAUUAUGAGGGCGGGGCAUGGAAUACUGGUGGAUCAUGCACUGGGAAGGAAAAGCCUCUUUCACCAGGUGAAUUAGUGGAAAAUGGCUUUACUGAAAUAAUGCAUAAGAAACAGAUAACAGGUUUUGAUCGAGCAAUUAAUAAGGCGACCAAUAAAUCAAAGUUGAAGCUGAUGGAUAUCACUGAAUCCUUUGGCUAUCGCCAUGAUGGACAUCCAGGUCCAUACCGAAGCCCUGACCCUAAUAAACUCACAAAACGCCGUCCAGAUGGAAAGCCACCUCCGCAGGAUUGCUUGCACUGGUGCAUGCCUGGCCCAGUUGAUACCUGGAAUGAACUUGUGCUUGAAAUCAUUAGAAGAGAUUUUGAAGCCAACCAAGACCCUUCAAUAUGAGGUUGUUAUGUUUACAUUUCCAAGCAGCCUACAGACAUGCACCUAGUGUAAUGGUCGUAGAGAAGCCUACACGCCUAUAUUUAUUAAUUGGAAAGGCAGUUUUCUCUUGAGUAUUAAAAGCAGAAGCAAUGCAUUUUGAACUGAAUCCAGCCCCCCUUCUGCGGAUGAUAAACAUUAGUCAGCCUUCCAUAUCAUUGUAUAGAGAGCAGAUGCAGUGCAGGCGAAAGCCAAACGAGCACUGAGCCCGAGGAGUUUUAUAAUCCCAAAUCGGAGAAAGAAGACCAAGCAGGGGGGUUUCUCCACCUCCGACUUCCACCCCGUUGGUGACAGUCAUUCCGAAAACGAGAAAAAAGAGAGUUUUACCUUUCUUUCAGAACUCAGGCGACACGAGCGGGCGAAAAGUCUCUUUCGAGUUUUCAACGAAAGCAUUUGGAUUGGACAAAAGUAGAUCCAAAUGCCAAGUUUAUAAGUUAGCCCCGGUGGCAUGAAUCACGAAUCACGAAUCACGAAAGAGGAGUUAAAUAGCAGGUUUCUUCAUUGUUUCAUUUUUCAAGGAUUUUGCCCGUUUAUAGGAUUUUGAGUAAAUAAUAAUUUAGUACUUAUGUUUUUAAUAAUGUCAUAACUCGGUGCUCUGAUUAAAGAAAUCACAACUUAAUCU